AUGAAGGAAAGAUUGGCUCAUUUCAAAUAUCUAAAUAACACAUACUCACGGAAUCUCAUUCCAUCUCUGUCAACGAAUACUGCACAUGACCAGUGUUUAAGAGGUUCAAUAAGUCAUGGUUCAAAUUCGUGGAACCAUGACGGCUAUACCCAGCCGACAUAUGAUCAGCCGAGUCACAAUUAUGUGCCUCAAUCUACAUAUCAAUCCUAUGGAGGUCCUCCCACUCAGUCAAAUAAGAGAAAGCUGGAGAGAAAGUUUUCAAGAAUAGAUGACAACUACUGCAGCUUAGAUCAGGUAACCGAUGCCCUUGCACAUGCUGGACUGGAAUCUUCAAAUUUGAUUGUUGGUAUUGAUUUCACCAAGAGCAACGAGUGGACAGGUGCAAGGUCAUUUCAUAGGAGAAGUUUACAUCACAUUGGGGAUGGGCAAAAUCCGUACGAACAAGCAAUAUCAAUUAUUGGGAGAACACUAUCCAAAUUUGAUGAAGAUAACUUAAUUCCUUGUUUUGGAUUUGGAGAUGCUUCAACACAUGACCAAGAAGUCUUCAGUUUUUAUCCAGACGAGAGGAUUUGUGAGGGUUUUGAAGAAGUAUUGAGGCGAUACAGAGAAUUAGUCCCUCAAUUACGUCUUGCAGGUCCAACAUCAUUUGCUCCUGUCAUUGAAAUGGCUAUCACUAUUGUUGAACAAAACUCCGGCCAGUACCAUGUUCUACUGAUCAUAGCUGAUGGACAGGUGACGAGAAGUGUUGACACUGAGCAUGGCCAGUUAAGUCCCCAGGAGAGGAGAACUGUUGAGGCAAUUGUGAAAGCAAGUGAAUAUCCAUUGUCAAUUAUUUUAGUUGGAGUUGGCGACGGACCAUGGGAUAUGAUGAGAGAAUUUGAUGAUAAUAUCCCUGCUCGAGCUUUUGACAAUUUCCAGUUCGUGAACUUUACAGAAAUCAUGUCAAAGAACAUCGAUACUUCCAGGAAAGAAGCUGAGUUUGCCCUUGCUGCCUUGAUGGAAAUACCUACUCAGUAUAAAGCAACGCUUGAGCUCAACCUACUUGGUGCUUCUAGAGGAAAGGUUGUAGACAGGAUUCCUCUUCCACCUCCUAGAUAUGGUGGAGCUUCUUUCGUCACACCGAAGCCUCCCCGUUCUAACAAUUUUUAUCCAAGUGCACCUUCUUCUAGUGGACAUGAUUCAGUUUCUCACAGGAGUCAGCCUGCAGCCGAUACUUCUGAUAAUCAUCUUUGCCCCAUCUGCAUUACAGAUCAGAAGGAUAUGGCAUUUGGCUGCGGUCACCAGACUUGCUGUGAAUGUGGAGAAGACCUCUCGUUGUGCCCAAUCUGCCGAAAGACCAUUGAGACGAGGAUAAAGCUUUACUAA